AUGGCCUCAAUAUUUCGCCUGCCAUCCCGACUGUCUAGGCAGUUUUUCCCUUGGCGUCCCUUGUUUCCACGCCCUGCGUCGCCAGUACGCGAGUUCUCUCAGUUCAAUUACCCUCUCCUCGAUUCAACAGAGAAGCUCGAGGAAGAAACGCUGCCAUGGUAUUCCCCUAAUGACUUCUAUUCCGUGAAAAUCGGCGAGGUAUUUCAAUCGAGGUAUCAGGUGAUUGGGAAAUUGGGCUACGGUGGAUAUUCCACCGUUUGGCUGUGCAGGGACCUACAGCAGCACGAUUAUGUCACACUGAAAGUCUUUGAGCGCAAUUCGGCAGAAGGCCGAAGAGAAAUAGAGACCCAUCAGCACUUGAACUCCCUCGGCAAAGUAGAUCAUGCGGGUGCUAAGCUUAUCCGCAAAGCGUUGGAUAGCUUUCAGAUUACUUCUAAGGAGGGCACUUUCGGAUGUCUUGUUCAUCCCACCUUAGGAAUGAGUCUCUAUGACUUCCGCACUCAGCUCAGAGCCAAGGUCCUUCCCGAAAAAAUCGUCAAGUUGACCCUGAUGCAUCUCCUUCUUGCUCUUGAUUACCUUCACACAGAGGCUGGAAUCGUCCAUACGGGUAUGAUUCCUCACUAUCCAUCUCCUGAAAAGCCUUCUAACCGAGUUGUCUCAGAUAUUCAAGAAAAGAACAUUAUGAUGGCUCUUGAAGACCCGUCGAUCUUAGCCGAUUUCGAAGAGGAAGAGAAAUCUAGUCCUAGCCCGCGGAAAAUACUCGGUAAUCGAGUCAUCUAUGCUUCUCGAAAGCUCAGGAAAACCAAGCAACAUGGCCGUCCUACGCUGUGUGAUUUUGGUCAGGCUCGCCGUGGGUCAACUACUUACCAAGGGGAUAUCCAGCCAUAUAUUUACCGGGCUCCCGAAGUGCUAUUGCGCAUGCCUUGGGAUGAAACAGUUGAUAUCUGGAAUGUCGGAUUGCUGACAUGGGAUCUCUCCCAACAAGGACAUCUGUUCUACGGGCGUGAUUCGGACAAGAAAGGCUCCGAUGGCCAUCAUAUCGCUGAAAUGAUUGCUAUUAUGGGGCCACCACCGAAGGAAAUGAUACAGAAUAGUGUCUAUGCGACCGAGUUCUUCGAUGACGAAGGGAGUUGGAAGGGAGCCAUUGAAAUCCCUUCUAUGUCGCUGGAGACGCCUGAAGGAAAUUUGGAGGGUGAGGCGCGGCUGCGUUUCCUCCAAUUCCUGCGCAAGAUGCUCAAAUGGAAGUCCGGGGAGAGACUGUCGGCAAGAGAGCUCUUGGAAGACCCUUGGCUAUGGUCACAGUAA